CAAAAUCUGUAGCAGUCUGAAAUCGCAGAUAGCUCUUCCAAAUCUGGGGGCAAACUGGACCUUCUUCACUGUAGUUGUGGGUUUUUUGUGAUCUCUGAGAUUUAACUCUGUGCUGAAGAAAGAACUCUAGGAAGGAUCUCCUGCAGUAUUCUGUAUGUCAAAUGUUGCUGCUGCUGCAUACACAGCUUUUUCUGCUUCAGUUUCUGUCUCAAAUUCCCUGUGCCAGUACGCUGAUGAAAUGUCCAUUUAAGGUGAUCAUAGAAGAAAAGGAGUGGUUCCAUUACUACAAGCCUGGAGACUACUGGAUUACGGGAAUAAUGUCUGGAAUUGGAGCUCUAUUGUACCCAUUUUCAUUCUCCAAGCCUCCAACCCACCAACUGAAAAGUGAGAACAUCUUCUACCACAUUCUGCCCUUCUUAUUGGCUGUUCAUGAAGUCAACCAGAAUUCAAGGCUCUUACCCAACAUCACCCUGGGCUACAACAUCUAUGAGACCUUUUUCAGUGCAAGAAUGACAUAUGAGGCCAUGCUGGAUGUGCUGUCUACAGGACAGGAGAACAUCCCAAACUACAGAUGUGGAAGACAAAAGAACCUGCUGGCGAUUCUUGAAGAGAUGGAUUCUGAACUCUUUGAUCAUAUUUCCAAUGUCUUGAACAUCUAUAAAAUUCCACAGACAAAGAGAAGGACUCAGUAUGAUGACAUUAAAUCUUAUGCAUCUACAGUCAUAUCGUAUGGAAAGGAAGCAUUCCAAUGUUCUUAUAUAAGUCCUGUGUUAUCUAAGAAAAUUUGGAAAAAAUGCAGAGAAAAAGAGAAUUGGGAAUUCCCACCCAAUGAUGUGAUUACAAGAAUCCUGUCUCAGGAUUCCUCCAGUAUUUCCCAAAUAAUUCAAAUUGUGGCCUGGAUCCUCAGUGCUGCCUCUUCCUCCCAACGGAAUAAGAGGAGAAUGAAAGUUGGAGACAAUCAACCACCGCAGAUUGUACAGCCAUGGCAGUGCAACAUUAAGCUCCGCUAA